CUCCUCCUUUUACUACACACACAAAGUCACGUACAAUCCUCGCUCGCUCACAGCAGAUAGACUCUAAGAAAGCAGCUUCUUACUGUUCUCAUUUUUAAGUCGUGUGUGUGUGUUUAAUUAGAGUUGAAUAUUCUCUUGACCCUCAGUGAGAAGAAGCAGAGUUUCCAUCUCGGACUGUUCAGAAUCAGGAUGGCCGCCCAACUCAACAAGUUCCAGUCCAAGAUUCAUAUGGCAGAGCAUGUCAGUGACGAGGACAAGCUCUACAGGUACAAAGGCAUCCUGUACCCGACCAUCAUGUGCCCGGAGGACCACCUGAAGGCUCUGGAGACCUUCGAUGCCCGAGAGGAUGACGUCAUGCUGGUGGCCUAUCCCAAAUGUGGGUUUAACUGGAUGGUGGGAGUGUUGAGGAAGAUCAUCGCAGAGUCCACAGGGAUAAAAACUGAAUCCAAAGCGCCACCGCUGAUCGAGUUUCUCGGACCGGACGUCUUAAAGCUCACGGAUCAGUCUCCUUCUCCAAGGUUCUUGGGAACUCAUAUGCACCCCGACAACAUCCCCACCACCUUCUACACCAAGAAAACAAAGAUGCUGGUGGUCUUCAGGAAUCCUAAAGACACUCUGGUUUCUUUCUAUCACUUCUGCAACAACAACCCGGUCCUCCCGUCCGUACAGUCCUGGGAAUCCUUCUACUCCCAAUUCAUGAGCGGAGAAGUGGCUUGGGGGUCGUACUUUGAUCACGCUUUGGCCUGGGAGAAGAGAAUGAAUGACCACAAUGUCAUGAUUGUCACCUAUGAGGGAUUAAAGCAGGACCUGAGUGAGGGCAUUCGUCAGAUCUCCAGCUUCUACGGUUACCCCCUGACGGAGGCUCAGGUCCAGCAGAUCACAGAGGAGAGCUCCUUCAAAGCCAUGAAGGAGAGCGCGGCCAACUCCCACGGCACCAUUGGAAGCGCCAUCUUCAGAAAAGGUGAAGUUGGGGACUGGAAGAACCAUUUCACACCUGAACAGAGCCGUGAGAUGGACGAGGCCUUCGCCAAACACCUGGCAGGAACCAAGCUGGGAGAGAAACUUGACUACCAACGAUACUGUCAGUAGGAAGCGGGAGAGGAGAGAGGGAGGGUCAGACAGUCCUCCCCUCAGACGGGUACCUCGCCACCUUGUUUCGACUGAAACACCAACCACCACAUCAACAUUUAACAGCUCUCACCUCAGUCAGUAGCGGACGCUAUCACUGCCACAGUUUCAGUUCAGGGCCAAAUUGAAGAAAGAGCGUCUCAGAUUAAACACGGUCGAACACAGGAAGACAGCAGGUUAUCGUUUUGUCUCUGUGCAGAUAAAACCGCACAAGAUAAAACAUGUUGAUAAUUGAGCGAUGAAGUUGCUCUCAGAUGGAUUUUUUCUUCUCAUCAAACAGAAGAUUUUCAUAUUUGUUCGAACUGUUUCUUCUCUUGUGCAGCUGCACUUCACCUGACGUCUCAAUGUGAGUCAAACAUCAAUCAAACAGUCAAACACCACAAUGUCAUAAAUUAAUAAACAUGGACGACAGGACAGGUACCAAAGGUGAAACCUGUUGUCUCAACUGCUCCCUGGCUGGCUCCUAUCUCCUCCUUGUGAGCAGAUGCAACAUGGACCAAACUGAAAAUGUUAGUGUUUUUCACCUGCAGAUGAUUGUUUACAUCCUGGUUCUUCUUAUUCACUGAUGUUUGACACCUGAUUAAAACACCUGAGUUGCCUUUCUUCAGGCAGCAUAUGAACUCAUGAAUGAAGCAUGGUAAUUAGAAUCAGAAUUAUUUUUAUUGCCACGUAUAUUUGCAUAUAUUGGAAAUUGCCAUGGUGUGGUUGGUGCACUGUACAUAAAAACAAAACAGCAAUAUAUACAUUAAGAAACAAUACGUUACUUUAAUCUGUGGCUUUGGAACAAAACUGUGAUCAGAUUAUGGGCUGUCACAAAUAUACACAAACCCUACAUUGUACUGCAUGAUUUUUGUAUUACACAUGGUACUGUACUUACUGAGCAGGAUGAUGGUGAGAAAUUAAAGUCUUUUUCCAGAAUGA